GCGGUAGGCACCGGCCGGGGGGAGCAGCACCAUGAGCGGAACACAGAACAAUGACAUGAAAAGACAGUUUCUGCUGGAGCGACUGCUGGAUGCAGUGAAACAGUGCCAGAUCCGCUUCGGAGGGAGAAAGGAGAUCGCCUCAGAUUCCGACAGCAGGGUAACCUGUCUGUGUGCCCAGUUUGAAGCCGUCCUGCAGCACGGCUUGAAGAGGAGUCGAGGGUUAGCACUCACGGCGGCCGCGAUCAAACAGGCAGCAGGCUUUGCCAGCAAAACCGAAACAGAGCCCGUGUUCUGGUUCUACGUGAAGGAGGUGCUCAGCAAGCACGAGCUACAGCGCUUCUACGCCCUGCGCCACAUCGCCUCGGAUGUGGGCCGUGGCCGCGCCUGGCUGCGCUGCGCCCUCAACGAGAACUCCCUGGAGCGCUACCUGCACAUGCUCCUGGCUGACCGCGGCCGGCUCAGCACAUUUUAUGAAGACUGGGCUUUUGUCAUGGAUGAAGAAAGGUCUAGCAUGCUUCCCACCAUGGCGGCUGGUCUGAACUCCAUACUCUUCGCAAUUAACAUCGACAACAAGGACUUAAACGGGCAGAGUAAGUUUGCUCCCACCGUCUCGGACCUCUUGAAGGAAUCCACGCAGAAUGUGACCUCCUUGCUGAAGGAAUCCACGCAAGGAGUGAGCAGCCUUUUCAGGGAGAUCACAGCGUCCUCGGCUGUCUCCAUCCUCAGCAGAGCUGAGCAGGAGACCGACCCCCUGCCCGUGGUGUCCAAGCACGUCGGUGCUGAUGCCAAAUGUAAAAGGGAGCGGAAGAAGAAAAAGAAGGUGACCAACAUCAUCUCAUUUGAUGACGAGGAAGAUGAGCAGAGCUCUGGGGAUGUUUUUAAGAAGAUCCCCGGGGCGGGGGAGAGCUCAGAGGAGAACUCCGACCGGUCCUCGAUCAAUAUCCUGUCGGCCUUCGAAAGCCCCUUUGGGCCAAACUCUAAUGGAAGUCAGGGCAGCAACUCUUGGAAAAUUGAUUCUCUGUCUCUGAACGGGGAGUUUGGGUACCAGAAGCUGGAUGUGAAAAGCAUUGAUGAUGAAGACGCAGACGAGAACGAGGAAGACAUGUACGGGAGCACUCCGGGAAGGAAACGUCCGGGCCACUUGGAGUCGCCAGAGAAGCCGCGGGAUGGGGGCGCCUGCCUCUCCCAGAUGCACAGCUGGGCCCCGCUGCAGGUGCUACAUGGCCACGCCGAGGUGCUCUUCCCGGUCAGCGGCGUGGGCUCCUAUGGGCCUGCAGAUGCCCCCCUUGGGAGCCUGGAGAACGGGAUGGGACCCGAGGACCACAUCCUCCCGGAGCCGGGACCCCGAUACAGUGUGGAAGCGAGUCCUCCAGGCCGGGAGAGUCCUCUGAGCAGCCUGUUACCUUCUGCCUCGGUGCCGGAGUCCAUGACAGUUAGUGACCUGCGACAAGCCAUCGUGGCCAUGAUGAACAGGAAAGACGAGCUGGAGGAAGAGAACAGGUCGCUGCGGAACCUGCUUGACGGCGAGAUGGAGCACUCGGCCGCGCUCCGCCAGGAGGUCGACACCUUGAAGCGGAAGGUGGCUGAACAGGAGGAGCGGCACGUCACGAAGGUCCAGGCGCUGGCGAGAGAAAAUGAAGUACUCAAAGUGCAACUGAAGAAAUACGUAGGCGCUGUCCAGAUGCUGAAAAGAGAAGGUCAAACAGCCGAAGUUGUCCCAAAUCUUUGGAAUGUUGAUGGAGAAGUUACAGUCCCUGAGCAGAAACCUGGAGAAGUCGCCGAGGAACUCGCAAGCUCCUAUGAAAGAAAGCUCAUCGAGGUGGCGGAGAUGCACGGGGAGCUGAUCGAGUUCAAUGAGCGCCUGCACCGGGCCCUGGUGGCCAAGGAAGCCCUCGUCUCCCAGAUGCGGCAGGAGCUCAUCGACCUGCGGGGGCCGGUGCCCGGAGAUUUGAGUCAAACAUCCGAAGACCAGAGUUUGUCAGAUUUUGAAAUAUCAAACCGAGCUCUGAUCAACGUCUGGAUCCCAUCAGUGUUUCUCCGGGGCAAAGCUGCCAACGCCUUCCAUGUGUAUCAGGUCUACAUCCGGAUAAAAGACGACGAGUGGAACGUCUACCGGCGGUACGCGGAGUUCAGGACUUUGCACCACAAGUUACAGAACAAAUACCCUCAAGUGAGGGCCUUCAACUUCCCGCCCAAGAAGGCCAUUGGAAACAAGGACGCCAAGUUUGUGGAGGAACGUAGGAAGCAGCUGCAGACUUACCUGCGCAGCGUCAUGAACAAAGUCAUCCAGGCAGUCCCUGAGUUCACCGCCAGCCCCCAGAAGGAGACCCUGACCCAGCUGAUGCCCUUCUUCGUCGACAUCACCCCUCCCGGAGACGCGCUAACCAAGAACAGCCGGCCCAAAGUGGCUUCCCGCUUCCCCAAGCUGGCCCGAGGUCACCCCAGGGAGACGCGCAACGUGGAGCCCCAGAGCGGUGACCUCUGACCUCGACGGUACCCCCGGACUUGGGCCCUACGUGCUGCGCCAGCUGUCUCCACCCCGGCCAUGGCAGCUGGCCCCUGCCACCUCGGAGGGACCACCCUACCCCCACCGAUGAACCCCAGAGAGCACACCUGCCCUGCCGGGCAUGUGACACCCUGAUUAAACUGGGCUGUGAGAGCAGGGCGGCUCCUCACUGGACAGAUGCGGGCACGUGGGCUCUGCUCUCCCCGCGCCCCACCUUGGGCCUCAAGGGCCAGGCGUUCCCCUCCCUCCAGCCCAGAGGCCAGCCAGAGGGCUCAGAGCCCCUUGGUCGCGAUGCACAAGUCUGUCUCAUUUGGUCGGAAGGUUCAUUCACUGCUUGACUCUUUCCCACGUGGAAAUUCGAAUGACUGUUACUUUUUUCCCCCGUUUAAUGUAACUGCCUGCUGCAACCUAUGAACCUGGAGGGGGAGCUAGUUACUUUCCACGCACGCCCCGCCAGUGGUCAGCAGACACCCUAGUUCUUGCCACCAGGUUCCAGGGAGACAGUCCCGUGGCCUUCGUGCAGUGGAGCCAUUAGGGUUGAGGAACUGUGGCUCUUGGAGAACUUCCUACCUCCUCUCUGGUUGGUUCUGGAAGGACUGGCCCCUGUAGGACGCCCACGUGCACCUGGUCAGGCCAGCCGUCGGCAGCAACCUAGUGACCUCUACCAGAAAGCCCUGAGCUGUCUAGAGGCCGCGAAAGCCAAGAGGAAAGUCCUCAAGGCUUUGAGAGACUUGGUUCUGGGAGGCACUUCAGAAGCUUCUGUGGGCCUCCGGGGGUUCCUUGGAGCUUGGCGUGACUCUCUGUGAACUUAGGUGAACGUGACUCACUCUGAACAAAUCGCGAUUGUCCCCUAAAGACGGCACAUGUGUUGUCGGCCAGUAUGCUCUCGGAGGGAGCAGGGCCCUGGGUGCACCCCAAGAUUGACCCCUCCGCUCCCCCCAUUCAGAGAGCACCCCACCACCACCAGCAGCAGGUGGGAGCAGGAGGAGCAGCAGCAUCAGAUCGCCGCCAUGGGACCAGAGCUGUGUGGCCAGUUUUAACAUCCAGAAGCAUGGAACUCUCGCCCACCCUGGGUAGGAGUCACCCUUAGCUGCUGAUACAAAGGAGGACCGAAAGGCGGCAUAAAUGUGUGAAGAGCAGAGGGCCGAGCGCACCUCAGCUCACGCCUCGGUGAGCAAUGUGGGCCAUUGUGGAAACCCUGGAAGGGCCACGCACGCGCCCCCUGCUCACCAGAGGGAGGCUUGUCAAAGGCUCGUGACGUUCGCACGCGGCCCUCCAGGGACUCAAGGAGGCUGCAGUGACUUUGGAGGGGACAUUCUGCCUGGUGAGCCAGGCCCAGGGGAGCGACAUGAGCCGGCUGUCCUGCGUGGAUGGAGGUGGCAGUGUUUGUACAUGGGGGCCCUGCUGUCAGCCUGUGGGGGUCAGAGGACCCGAGGGACAGCGUGUCCCAGAAAGGCAGCGUGGUUGGUUUCCCCUCAUGUGCCCAGGGGUCCACUGCGCAUGCACCGUGCUGAAAUUCCCACACCCCAGAGCACUGCCUUGAACACAGAGCCCUCCUCCACCCAGGCUUCCGGGACCAUCUGGAAGUUCCAGGUGCCCCAGAGCUCCGCCCCACACGCGGUCUCUCCACAGGGGUCACUUUGAGGCCAGUGACAGCUGCACAGCCAGAUCCGAACCCAGGGUGUCUCCUCUCUGUUCACGAGACCCAGAAUAGAUCCAGCGCCCUGACAUUCUCCAGGGCCAAGGGCUCUGAUCAGCCAGGCUGUGUUGGCACCUGACCCCAAACACGUCUGAGUAUGAUUUCUAGCCUCACCUUCUCCAGCUACCCCACCAGGAAGCAGCUUUGACGUUCUGUGCAUGGAGUGAAA